AGUAAUCCAGCUUGCUUUUUUUUCUUGUUUUUGUUUUGAAUCGGUGGAUCAGUUUGUUUAGAAAUGGCUCCCACUCAUCCUAUAUUCAUCAGCGAAGACGAGCUGAAACAGUUCACUAACUGGAAGGAAAUAUUACACGCACUUGAGCAAGCAUUCUUGUCUGUAUCCAAUACAGACAAAUCGACUGGACAUCCAUAUAGCUCGCAACCGGCGCGUACAUUUGUCAGAGCCGGAGAAGGAUUGCUUCUUUGUAUGCCAGGAUUUGUCGGAAAUCACAGUAUUUUCAAGACCAAUCAAAGCUCAUCGAGUACUUCGACUUUAGCAUGUAAGCUUAUAACUAGUUUCGGCGACAAUCCUCAACGAAAUCCACCACUGCAAGAUAUCAAUGGGAAUAUAUUCCUCUUCGAUAGCGCAACUGGAAAGUUGCAGGCUACACUGGAAGCUAACUAUCUCACCGGGCUGAGAACAGCUGCAGCUUCGAUCGUUGCUACUGAAAAAGUGUUCUUCUCCAGAAUAGCUGAUAAGUCAAAACUGGUUUUGGGCAUUAUCGGUACAGGAACACAGGGCGAGUUCCACGCGAUUGGAUUCCUGAACACCCAUAAGUUUGUUGAAAUUAAGUUGUGGAAUCGAACGAAAACUCGCAGCGAGCUGCUGAAGUCUAAACUAGUUAAUAUAACUCCAACUACCAUGAACCCCAAUGUAGUUGUCACAGUACAUGAUUCAGUUGAGGAGUGUUGUAAGGAUUGUGACGUGAUUGUAACAGCGACUAGUACAUCUACACCCUUAAUUUUUGAACGGUUCCUGAAGCCAAAUGUACACAUCAACGCUGUUGGAGCAGGACGUUCUCAUCAUGCUGAGCUUGCCCAGGAAGUUUACGAUCAAUGCAGUGUUUACAUCGACUACUGGACUGGAGCAAAGGUUGAAUUGGCGACGUUGAAAGCAAAUAUAGUAGGUGAAAUUGGAGAGGUUCUGCUGGGAACAAAACAUGUUCCGGCCAGUGGUAUAACCGUUUUCCAAUCCAUUGGCAUGGCCACAGAGGAUGUUACAGUUGGUAGACUAUUUUUUGAAAAGUAUCAGCAAAAGAAUGUCGCUCAGUCUAACGUAUUGCCGAUGAAGGACUAAACUCCGCAAU